CCUACUAAUUUGUUACAGUUCGGACCAAUCAAUGGCUGGGUUAAUGGCUGUUGCAAGAAGUCACGAUCCAUGAGCGGCAAGAGGAAACGCGACGGCGUCGGCGGCCGCGACGGAGUGGAUAUGGAGGCGAUAGUGUGGCAAACCCCAGCCAAUCCUCCCGAAGCCAGUGAUUACAUCUUCCGCAGAGGGAAGCGAUACGUGAGGCCCUACUACUUUGAGUUCAUCUCCCACGUUAAGAACAGGUGGGCCGGCAAGACUAUUGUGGAUCUCUUUGCGGAGGAGUUCAAAGGGCGCCCUUACGACUAUUAUGUAAAUGCUGUGAAGUGUGGAAGGAUCCAAGUGGAUGAUAAGAUGGUCAACACUUUAUAUGUUGUGCAGUCGUCUCAAAAGAUUAGCCACUUUCUUCAUAGGCAUGAGCCGCCUGUAUUAGCUGAAGAUGUACAAAUCCUGCAAAAUGAAACUGAUAUAGUAACAAUUUGCAAGCCAGCAUCAAUUCCGGUACAUCCAUGCGGUCAGUAUCGCAAGAAUACCAUUGUUGGCAUACUGCAGGCUGAACACAACUUAACACCACUGUACCCUGUGCAUCGAUUAGACCGUCUUGUUUCUGGUCUUCUUAUCUUUGCAAAAAGUGCUGAUAAAGCAGAUUGCUUAAGACAACAGAUUGAGGCUGGGUUAUUACGAAAAGAGUACAUUGCUAAGGUGAUUGGUGUGUUUCCCAAUGAAGAGGUAGUUGUUGACGCAAAUAUCAGCUAUAACGCACGAGAAGGGAGAAGUUAUGUGGAGAUUGAUGAUUGCCAUCUUGAUAAAGCUUUGAGAGGAAAGACUGCAUGCACAAAGUUUACACGGAUCAGUACCAAUGGGAAAUAUAGUCUAGUUUUGUGCCAACCUGUUACUGGACGUACCCAUCAGAUUCGUGUACAUCUCCAACAUGCAGGCCAUCCUAUAGCUAAUGAUGGUUUAUACCUCUCCAAAGAUGCCCCUCUUCGUUCUGCUAAAGGAGUUUGCGCAGAUAGAGCUGCCAUACAAACAUGUGAACUACCAAUACCUGAGCCUGCUAAGGAUGAUCCUUGUGCUGAAGAUGCUUCUGGUGAAGAGUUCAGCAUCGAUCCCAUGUGCACUAACUGUCCAAAUCUGCCUCCCAAUGGAUAUGAUGGAAAUGAGGAGGGCAUGUGGCUACAUUGCGUCCGUUAUUCAGGACCUGAUUGGAGUUAUGGAUGCCCUUACCCUGAGUGGGCUCAUCUCAGCUGACCGACGACACUGGACGAACUUGAAGCGCAUCUUUGUCAUACUUGAGGGGCACCUUAUCAGUUAUUUGGCCGCCCUGUUCUGUACAAUUAUAUUGGAAGAACAUUUUCUUGGCUGAAGAUCACUACCAGUGUUUUAGCUUGACUUCACUACCUUAACUCUUAGAGUUUACUACAGUUUUAAACAUCUUUUCUGAAGAUUCUUAGCCGUUUUUCCAUUGUAUAUUUAUAGACUAAAGGUAAUGUUCAAUUAGCCAUGAAAAAGUUGCAUUUAUCAUUUUUGUAUUCUGUUAAGAAUCUUGUACAGUUAAUGUUUUUAUUGUUUUAAUGAAAUGACUUGCAGUGUCAGGGAGAUA